ACGCUCGUGGCCCGGUAACGUGAGGCCGAAGGUAAUUUGACCAGGGAAAACGUGUGCGCAGGCCUCUCAAGAGUCGACCAUCACAUGGGAUGUUUCUGAGGAAUCUGAAAUCGAACUGGCUGUUCUCUCACCUGAGAUUUACAGCCCUCUACUUUCUCAAGAUCAAACUUGGUCGGUUCAAGGAAAAGGUCAAAAUCUUGCACAAUUCCCCCCAGUUCCUCGGGAGAGAGUUCAGAAAGGGAAGUAUUUAAUCUCGUUCUGUUUCAAUUUGAAGCAAAAUUAGCUUGUACUGUGUCCUCAAACUGCAUUCUCUGUUUCAUUUUGCUGAAUUGCAUGCAAGCUUGGAACUUUAGCUCCAAGAAAAGGCUUCAAGAAUUUUACCCAGUUGGGCGCUGGGUUGAGUCACGAUUUGGGAAAAUCGAUAUAUAGAGCGAGUUGAGGAAUUCUGGUACAAGUUCUCUAUAUAUUUCUUUGAGCUGUUGAUGUUCUGAAGCACUUCUGAGUUUAGCAUAUUAUAUAGAAAUGGAUCGACCACCAGACAAACUCGAUAAUUUCAUUGAUGGGUAUGUACUCGUUGAUGGUGAUGAUGCGGCCUUUUCGAUUUUACGGGAGGACGAUCUUGUUAGUGAGCUCACGAUCGACGACACGUUCAAUGACUUUACCUAUAGCUGCACAUGCGCGCCUCAUUUGGGUGCUGACCUUGGGAAGGAACCGGCUGAGGACUAUGAUUUCAGUGAUGCAGCUCUCAAGUACAUUAACCAGAUGCUUAUGGAGGAAGACAUAGAAGAGAAGAGCGUUGCAUGUCAUGAAGCCUCGGCAAUUGAGGCAGCCGAGAAAUCAUUCUACGAGGUCAUUGGGGAGAGGUACCCGCCAGCUGCAGAUCAGCAUCCAUCACCUAAUCAAACCAAUGAGAGCUCAUGUGGUGGUAGCGAUAGUGUGAUUAAAUUGGUUGAGUCAGAGCCGAACUAUGAAUCAGAAGAACAUACUGUCCUCACCACGGUGUCUCAAUCCAUCUCAUCUUCAGUUGCCCAGUCAUUAGAUGAUGUCCGCGUUGGUAUCAGUACUGCUGGACAUGCUGAAUCUCCAGUGAAUGCCAUUUCUUUGUCUGAACUUAUCGGAAGUGAGUCUGUUAUGCAGUUCAAGGGCAACAGUGAAGAAACGAGAGAGUCGCUCGCUUUUGGAAAUGAAAUUCUAGUUGAUCCUGAGAGGGGUGAAUUUUCCUUUAAUGAACAAACCGAAGAGCCUACGAGUUUGGUUCCAAAUGAAGAGACGGAUGAGAACAUGUUUGCCAACCUUGGAGGAAACAGGGGAAAGAAAAAUCCUUUGCAGGAGGAUGUGAACUUAGAAGUAGGAAGGAUGAGCAAGUAUUUAUCAGUUUACACUGAAUCAACUGUGAGGUCAGAGAUAUUCGAUAUGGUGUUGCUUAAUCCUAAAGAAAGUGAAGCUACCCUUCGUGAAGCUCUUCGGAACAUGAUGCAGAAUGGCAAAUCGAAAGUGCCAAAUGAGGGGAAGGCCCGCGGCAAGAAGCAAGGCAGGUGCAAGAGGGAUGUGGUCGACUUGAGAACUCUUUUGACACUUUGUGCACAAGCUGUUACUAUGGAUGAUCGAGGAAGUGCAGGUGAGCUGCUCAAGCAGAUCAGAAGGCAUGCGUCUCCCACAGGGGACGGGAUGCAAAGGAUGGCACACUAUUUUGCGAAUGGUCUGGAGGCACGCCUUGCCGGGUCAGGCUCUCAAAUUUUUAAGGCUCUCAUGGCUAGGCCAAGAUCGGCUGUUGAUGUCUUGAAGGCUUAUCAUCUCCUCCUCACAAUUUGUCCAUUUAUGAAGCUCUCACAUUACUUCUCGAACAAGACGAUAUUGAACGUGGCCAGGGAGGCACCCAAGUUGCACAUCAUUGAUUUUGGAAUUCUUUAUGGUUUCCAGUGGCCUGGCCUUAUAGAGCGUCUCUCAUCAAGCCCCAGUGGACCACCUGAGCUUCGGAUUACUGCGAUUGAUCUGCCGCAACCUGGAUUUAAACCAGAUGAAAUCGUUGAGGAAACCGGCAGACGCUUGGUGAGCUACGCCAAAACUUUCAAUGUCCCGUUCAAGUUUAAUGCUAUAGUGAAAGGUUGGGAUGCCAUUAAAGUUGAGGAGCUAAAUAUCCACAGUGAUGAGAUCCUUGUUGUGAACUGCAUACAUAGAUUCCAUAACAUACUUGAUGACACGGUGCUGGCGGAGAGUCCACGAGAUGUCGUACUGAAUCUGAUAAAAAAGAUGAAUCCCGAUGUUUUCAUUCAGGCAGUCGUAAAUGGUAACCAUGGUGUCCCCUUUUUCGUUUCGCGGUUUCGGGAGGCACUCUUCCAUUUUUCAGCUGUCUUUGACAUUCUUGAGGCAACCGUACCUCGUGACGACCCAGAGAGGUUGUUGCUCGAGCAAGAGAUACUCGGGAAGCAGGCAAUGAAUGUCAUUGCUUGUGAAGGCUCGGAUAGGAUUGAGAGGCCCGAGACAUACAAAUCAUCACACGUGCGAAACCUGAGGGCUGGGUUUAGGCAGCUACCCUUGGAUAAGGAUCUGGUGAGCUUGGCAAAGGACAAACUGAAAUCUUGCUACCAUAAGGAUUUUGAGAUUGAAGAAGAUGGGCAGUGGCUAUUGCAGGGCUGGAAAGGCAGGAUUAUCUAUGCGCUAUCGACCUGGAGGCCUGAUUGUUGAAUGUAUAAAUUGCCAGUCGAAAGUAGAUCAGGAAUGAUUUUUCACUUCCUUCUUCUCUGUUUGUGCUCUUACUGUUUCUAUCAUAGUGUCAGGAAGCAUUUCCAGAUAUGAAUGGUAAGGUUCGCAAUCGGUGGUUUUGAAAUUGAAUAUCUUAGCUUCCCUG